GCCGGGUAAGAGUGAAGCGGUCAGGGGGAGGGUCUGCGAGUCCGGGACAGAAUUCGCACCACUCUCAGGGCUUGUGUCCGCUUGGGGGGAGGGUUUCCAACGCCUGAACAGUUGCUGCGGAGCAUUUCUGGGCUCACAUAGCAAAAGAUUGUCAGGAGAGAGGGAGAGGGAGAGUGGAGCUGCCGGAAGUGUCUGCUAGCAGCCGCGGGGGCCGCCGCCGUAGCAGCUACAGCAGCUGUAGCCAGAUAAACUUUCCAGUUUUAGCCCAGGAGCCAGGAGACCAAGGAGCCCUACAUGCCCCGGAGCAACAAUGCAACCAUAUGACAGCCACCUAAUUCGACCCACUCUUUUGCCAUCCGCCUGCACUUCCCCUCCCUCAUCCUCCGGUGGAGAUUGAGGCAGGGAGGGAAUCGCUAUAUCCCCUACAAAGAAGUUCCCCGAGGAGGUGCAGGAUCGGGGGAGGGGGGCCCCCAUUUUCUGUGCACCUUUCUCUGAGCGCCCCGGCCCUCCUCCUACCGCCUUCCUGCUUCGUUUUUCGGUCUGUCCAGGGUUAGAUUCCCGAGUUGGCUUUCUUUUCUACUUGACUUGAAGAGUCCCAGGCUGUUGUCGCCAGCGUCGCGUCUGUGCCAUGGGGCUGCCCACUUUGGAGUUCAGUGAUUCCUACUUGGACAGCCCAGACUUCAGGGAGCGUCUGCAGUGUCACGAGAUUGAACUGGAGCGGACUAAUAAAUUCAUUAAAGAGCUCAUCAAGGACGGAUCCCUGCUUAUUGGGGCUUUGAGGAAUCUGUCCAUGGCAGUACAGAAAUUUUCACAGUCAUUGCAAGAUUUCCAGUUUGAAUGUAUUGGAGAUGCUGAAACUGAUGAUGAAAUUAGUAUUGCUCAGUCAUUAAAAGAAUUUGCCAGAUUACUUAUUGCAGUGGAAGAAGAGAGGAGAAGACUGAUUCAGAAUGCUAAUGAUGUAUUAAUAGCCCCACUGGAGAAGUUUCGGAAAGAACAGAUUGGUGCUGCAAAAGAUGGAAAGAAGAAGUUUGACAAAGAGAGUGAGAAAUAUUAUUCUAUUCUUGACAAGCACUUAAAUUUGUCUGCAAAGAAAAAGGAGUCUCAUUUGCAAGAGGCAGAUACACAAAUUGACCGAGAACAUCAAAAUUUUUAUGAGUCAUCACUUGAAUAUGUCUUUAAAAUACAAGAAGUUCAGGAAAAGAAAAAAUUUGAAUUUGUUGAACCGCUUUUGUCCUUUCUUCAGGGAUUAUUCACUUUUUACCAUGAAGGAUAUGAACUGGCUCAGGAAUUUGCACCCUACAAGCAGCAGUUGCAGUUCAAUUUACAGAAUACAAGGAAUAAUUUUGAAAGCACUCGUCAAGAGGUAGAGAGAUUAAUGCAGAGAAUGAAAUCUGCUAAUCAAGAUUACCGUCCUCCAAGUCAGUGGACAAUGGAAGGAUAUCUUUAUGUACAAGAGAAACGUCCUCUUGGCUUCACAUGGAUUAAACAUUACUGUACAUAUGAUAAGGGAAGCAAAACAUUCACAAUGAGUAUUUCAGAGAUGAAGUCCAGUGGAAAAGUGAAUGGUCUUGUCACUAGCUCACCAGAGAUGUUUAAAUUGAAAUCUUGUAUCCGAAGAAAGACAGAUUCUAUCGACAAACGAUUCUGCUUUGAUAUCGAAGUAGUUGAAAGACAUGGAAUCAUUACUUUGCAAGCUUUCUCAGAAGCAAAUAGGAAACUGUGGCUUGAAGCAAUGGAUGGAAAGGAACCGAUUUAUACUUUGCCUGCCAUUAUUAGUAAGAAAGAAGAAAUGUACUUAAAUGAAGCUGGAUUCAACUUUGUGAGGAAGUGUAUUCAAGCUGUGGAGACUAGAGGUAUCACCAUUUUAGGGCUUUACCGAAUAGGAGGUGUGAACUCCAAGGUCCAGAAGCUCAUGAACACUACAUUUUCUCCAAAGUCUCCUCCUGAUAUUGAUAUUGAUAUUGAACUGUGGGAUAAUAAAACUAUAACAAGUGGAUUAAAAAACUACCUCAGGUGUCUCACUGAACCACUGAUGACUUACAAGUUGCACAAGGAUUUCAUUGUUGCUGUUAAAUCUGAUGAUCAAAACUACAGAGUGGAGGCCGUCCAUGCGUUGGUGCACAAAUUACCAGAAAAAAAUAGAGAAAUGUUGGACAUCUUAAUAAGACACUUAGUCAAAGUAUCACUGCACAGCCAGCAGAAUCUCAUGACUGUCUCCAACCUUGGAGUAAUCUUUGGCCCUACUCUGAUGCGGGCACAGGAAGAAACUGUAGCUGCUAUGAUGAAUAUCAAAUUCCAGAACAUUGUGGUUGAGAUUCUGAUUGAGCACUAUGAGAAGAUAUUCCAUACUGCACCAGACCCAAAUAUUCCUCUUCCUCAACCUCAGUCCCGGUCAGGGUCCAGAAGGACAAGAGCCAUUUGCCUCUCAACAGGCUCAAGAAAGCCCAGAGGGAGAUAUACCCCAUGCUUGGCAGAACCAGAUAGUGAUUCAUAUAGCAGCAGCCCGGAUAGCACACCUAUGGGCAGCAUAGAAUCACUUUCCUCUCACUCAUCAGAACAAAAUAGCACUACUAAAUCAGCUUCUCAGCCACGGGAAAAAUCUGGAGGCAUCCCCUGGAUUGCAUCUCCACCACCUUCCAAUGGACAGAAAAGCUCAGGUCUCUGGACGACUAGUCCAGAAUCAAGUUCUAAAGAAGAUGCAUCCAAAACAGAUGUGGAGUCUGAUUGUCAGAGUGUUGCAUCAGGGAACAUUUCCCCAUCAAUAGAUCUGGUUCAAAAGGGGACUUAUGGACUCUCAGGACUGAAGAGAUCUGCAGCUUCCUCCCUCAGAUCAAUCCCUGCAGCUGAAGGAAACAAAAGCUACAGUGGAUCCAUUCAAAGCUUAACUUCCAUAGAUUCCAAAGAGACACCUAGAACACCACCAAAUCCUGACCUUCCUCCAAAAAUGUGUAGGAGAUUGAGGUUAGAAACAACAUCAAGCAAUGGAUAUCAGCGACCUGGUUCAGUAGUGGCAGCUAAAGCCCAGCUGUUUGAAAGUGCUGGUUCACUUAAGCAGGUUUCUGCUGGACGCCAAGCUAAAGCUAUGUAUUCCUGUAAAGCUGAGCACAGUCAUGAACUCUCCUUCCCACAAGGGGCAAUAUUUUCCAAUGUCUACCCAUCAGUGGAACCUGGAUGGUUAAAAGCAACUUAUGAAGGCAAAACAGGACUAGUUCCAGAAAAUUAUGUUGUCUUCCUCUAAUUAGAGUUAGUGGAUGGCAGUAUCUUCAUGGUAUCCAUGGUAACAAUAAUAAUAAUAAUAAGUGCUAUGGUUUUAUCUGACACAGAUAUGGGGAUCAGCCCACUCAGUGAAGAUGAUCGAUUUCUGUCAAGUUCUUUACUGGCAAUCUGUGCAAUUCCCCUGUCAGUGAAACAAAAUGGAUUUAAAAUUUUGGCCUGCCUUUUCAAGCUGGCACUCUAUUUAAAUGACUUGCUUUUUGAUCAAGAGAAAUCAUAGGGUUUUUUUUUUUAACCUAAUAAUGACAGUUAGAAAUAGAAAUAUUGAGUUCGUCAUCCAGUCCUGGUAAUUCAUAGCCCAAGAAACUGCUACAAGAUUUUUGGGAGUCCUGACCAAAUGUAUUCAUCCCAACUCACUGCUCCCUAAAGUAUCUAGAAAUCAUGUUUUGUAAUAUAAUUUAAAUUGCAUGUUUUUUAACUUUGAAGAAAAAGUUGAUUUCUCUUUACAUGUCAGUUUUUGCUGGUCCAUAACAUUUCAAAGAAAUAGAUUUGCAACAUCAUUUUAUGUUUAUUUGUUAUCUGAGGAGAUGGUAAUGUUCAUAUGCAAUAAUGUGUAUUAUUAAUAUGUAAAUGAGGCCAAAUUAGGUUAUACACUGAUUAAACCAUAACCCAUCCAGAAUGUGAUUAUUCUCUCCCAUUAGCUUCUUUGUUUUAUCUGUUGUACUACCAAAAGCCUCUUGAGAACAGGGAUUCUGUCUUAUUUAUCUUGGAAUUUAUCUUAGUGCCUUGCACAUAGUAGUAGGCACUCAAUUAAUUUUGUAAUGGAUAUUUCCUUUACUUCUAGAUUUUUACCCCUUUGUAUAAAUAUAAUUAUAAGAAUUUUAUUUAUAUUCUUCUUGAGGUAUGAUAGGAACUCUUCACAGAAACACAAUUCUGAAGCCAAUAAAACACCAAACAUAUAUGAAUACACAGUAUAAGCCAAUUAUAUAUGAACACACAGUGUAAAAACCCAGAACCAGAUACCAUAUGCAUUAUACAAUAUUUCAGAAUGCUUUAUAAAUAUUGUCAUUAUUUUUUUUCUGAGAUUUUUUUUCUACAGUUGACACAGGUCUUCUGUGAAGACAUUAGAUGGACAAACUAUAUAUUUUAGAGACUGUACUAAUGAAAAAAGAAAUAUAAAGCUACAUACUGUUUAAAUUGGAUCAUCUUAGCUUCUUCCUUCACUCUUGGACUAGAAUAAUAUCUGGGGCUUGGUAGUCUUUUAUAUCAUUCUGUUUAUAAGCUUUAUUUUCUUGGGGAUUGAAGUGAAUUGUCACAAAUUAAAAAGGAAACUAAUGGUUUAUCAAGUUUAGAAUUAAUUAUUUAGCACCUUAUGAAGCAUACAUUUGCCUCUAAUUUUGUAGAAAUGGUUGUCCUUGCUGACAGCUUUAUAUUGGUCCUUAGAGCUCUUCUCUACACUGUGGGGAGAUAGAGCAAAAAUAUUUCCAUUCAUCUGGCUCAUGAAGUGAAAUAGGGAACAAGACUCGGACCCCAGCCAAGUUUGGUGGAUUUGCCAUGUUAUUUUGCUGCCAAUUUCAAUAUUCCCCACAGGCAGGGAUAAUAAGGUGUUGACUUUGUGGAUCUCACUCUGUAUUAUAAUUGGUGACUUCAGCCUGUUGUAAAGUGACUUUCCUAAGACAAACAAGAUAAAAUAUACUCAAUUGCAGAAAAAACUAUGCCACAAAGUACUUAAGCUUUUAAAACUGAAAAUGGAUGGUUAAGAAUUGAAAAAGAAAGAGACAGAGUGAAAAAGAGAGAGACAAAUAGGAGACAAAAUGUUCAAGGCUGAAAAGCAAGUGUGAUGAAUGUUACAGACAGAAUGACUUUAUAAUAUUAUAAGAAUCAUUGCCAGCAGUGUUUUAGAAAACAAAUAAUUGUGGAAAUGUCAUGGGAUUAGGAAUCAGAAGCCUUGGGUUCUAUUCCUGGUUCUGUUGAAUGACAAUGAGGAACUUAAGCAUUUUAAAAUUCCUCUGGGACUUUGUUAUCUCAUUUGUAAAAUGAUAAAGUCCUUUUUGCACUAUAAUCCUGAAUAUUGUUUAAUAACAUUGGCAUCAGCAUCAAUAAUAUUAUAUUUCUUGUAAAUUAAUAGUCUACCCACAGGUUAUUUGCCCAUUGUCCCUUGUUAAGUAUGCAGAAAAUCUGACUUCUGUGUUGCUUUCUCAUUGUUUGCUUUCUCACUGUGUUGCUUUCUCAGUGUUUGUAUUGUAUUCUUUGCUCAUUAUCUGGCAUAAUAUAAUAAUUUCAGUAACAAUUAUUUCCCUAUAUGCUAAUUAUCUUGCCAGAAUCAUGACUUGGAUCAAAAGCCUUGGUUUUCAUGUUAUUCUCACGUUUGUGAUAUACUUUAGUUAUAUGUGACAUUCACAUUUCAUAGCUUUUUCUUCAUUUGCCAGAGCAUAGUCUUAGGUUAUCUUUUUUGAUUCACUUAAAAGUAAUUUGUGAAAAUCUUUUCUGAACAUACAUUUCCCAUAAUUCAAAAAAAGUCUUUUAUAAUAGGUUAGUUUGUUUCCGCCCCCCCCCCCCAAAGGCCAUCUUCUCUUUAAUAAGAGACUCAGAACUGAAAUAUGUCUGCUGCUUAGAAGACAUUGAAGAAAUCUCAAUCUACCUUUGAUCUUAAACACAAAUAAAAUGUCUUCACAUCCAAAUUCACUCUCAUAUAAUUGCAAUAGUAGGACUUAAUAGAUCAUUUUUUUGUACUUGAUUUGUAAGAGGGUCAUUACACUUACCAGGCAAAAGGUUGCAACCAGCUUUCUGUCUUGCUAAUGGAGGUUCAUAGUCUGCUACUGGUCUUUCUCUGUACAAUUUUCUAACUAUUUUACAGACAUAAUGUGCUUAUUCAAAAUGUGCCACACCUUAGAGAUUUCAACCUUAUUGCAUUGUCCUAGCAAUGGGAACUUUCUCAAUUUUUAUUACUCUAAAAAAUCAGACCUCAUUUCCAAAGUCAGAUUGUAAAUGAGACUAAAAUGUCUUAAGAGCAAGUCUACAUGAAUUACAUGACUCCAAGUAUCAGGGAAAUCUGAAAAUUAUGAGACAAGAAAUAAUAAUAUGGAGGCAGCCAGAUAUAUAGUGACUUUGAAGUCUGGAAUACCUGAUUUUGGGUCCUGCCUCCUGAUGCAUGGUGGCUACCUGAGUACAGGUGAGUCACUUAACUCCCUGUGUGCCAAUCAACUCUGACUCUAAGUUAUAUAUGCCAAUAUACAGCAGUUUGGAGAGUUUUCCCCAGAGUAUCCUAUGAUAAAAUUGGAAUUCCCUAAACCAGUAGUAUCAAACUCAUACAGAAAUAGGGGCCACUAAAAUGUACAUAGUGACCUCUCUUUAGGUUUCAUAUUGACUCAGAAAAGUAUGUUAUCUAUUUUCUAUUAUAUUUUUAUUUAUUUUCUUAAAAAUAUUCCAAUUACAUUUUAAUCUGAUUGGUCUGCACUGAGGAGUGUUAUGGGCCAUGUGUGUGAUACUCCACCUUAUACCAAUGAAUACUGGAUCUGGACCAAUGAUAAUGUAGUGCCAGAAUUCAUGAUCCAGGAAAGAAUCUUAAAAGAAUUUGAAAAGCAUCCUACUUAUAAACAGAGGCAGUAUGCAACUGUGGUAAAAUUGUAUCUUUUAGUUUUCAUAAAUGCCUUAUGGUUUGACCAUGACAACUAUUGAUUGCCUAGUAAUCAGGGUGAAAUUGUAAUGUAUUAUAUAAUGGUAACUGUUAUUUAUAUCAUGUGAAUAGUGUCUCCAUACAAAAUAUGUAUCUCUCCUCCAUGUAGCUGUUUUCUUAUACCACUACACACUGAAAGUGUUUUGCAGUAGAACCUAACAAGCAGUUCAAAAUACUACUAUAUUUUAUGCCAGGAGAAUAUCCAAAGUCUGUCUUAUCUUUGCCUACAGAUAGCUUCUGCCAAAAAAUAGCUGACUUCUUUCUUUGCAAGUUUGUUCUAAAUGUUUUUGUUCCUUGAAUAUGUCCCAUAUUACUCUUCUAUGUUCAUAGAUGUGGAAUGAUUAUCAUUAACCAAAGUAGAUUUCUUGUUAGUCUGUAUCCUUUUUAUCUCAUCUCUACUCUUUCUUUAUCCUAUCUCUUUCAGAAACCAUGGAGAAAAAUAUCUAAUAUUUCAACAUUAAUCCCUCUUAAAAUAGAGGGAAAAAAAGGUGCUCUAUUUUUCUUAUAGACUCUUAUUUAAUUUCAAAUUUAAAUUUUAGAGAAAUACUAGCAUUAUCCCUGAAAACCCACCUAAUCCAUUGCUCUACUUUUGUGACACACUCCUCUUCUGUAGUGCUCAUUGUGUUUGGUGACCACAUCAGAUAUACAAAAAUAUAGAGCUCUACCUAUGGAUUUAACCUCAGAAUAAUUCAAUAGUCAGCAAAAUCCCCAAAGUUUCUAGUCACAUAAUUCUAUCUUAUAAGCACAGAAGCCAUAGUGCCCAACUUUUAUCUAUAGGCAGUAUGCGUUUCCUUUGAUUUCACAACUAUAUUUGAAACUUACUUGUGCUGAUCAUUAACGUUUGGAUGGAUGGUUCCUCAAAUGAAAGUCUUCCCAAGUGAAUUCAUCUUCUAUUUUUUUCUUUUCUAUUCAAAACAUAUGACAAGGCCUAGACACAUUGAGUAAUUAAUGUGUUUCAGUGUUCAAAUCAUCAAUACCAAGUACCUAUGAUCAUAUUCUUUAUGGACAUUAGCCAAAGCACACUUAAUUCCUUCUCCAAAUAAAAUGUUCUAAUACUGAAAACAAAGGAUUUUCUUUGCCAGUAGCUUCACAAAAACCUGGGCACAUCGAGACCUUAUCUCAGGAUGAAAGGCAGAAAUGAUCUGAAUAACUUAGCCAAGUCUUUGAAAGGUAUUUUGUGUAAAAUUUCUUCUGAAUACAUACACACACAUACAUACACAUAUGAUUAAAACACAAUGACCAAUUAUUCUUGCCGCUCUUUGAAGUUAGUUUUCUUUAACUAAUGUCUCCUUGCCACAGAGAAAAUGUGGAUUUUGCUUUUACUAAGAUGUUUUAAAUAACACAAGCAAUUUUCUGUCUAAGUAAUCCUUUCUCUCCUCCCAGCAGCUGCUGCAAAAGGGUUUUCAUUUCAAUGAACUUAUUUUUUCUAUAUUGUGAGCACUGAAGAUAUUAAAAAGGCACCUAUAUUGCAGCUGUUAGGCAUCUCCCAUGUCCUUUUGCCUUCAUUGGCUAAUUUGGGGCAGUUACAUAAUAGAAAUCACGGUUACCUUUGUUCCUAACAGAAGGCUUUGCCCCUAACAAAGUUUGCCUUUGAGGUAGGAAGAGUGCUCACUUUUGCAUUAUAGUUUUUACAAUAAAACUAUAGUGGGAUUUGCCAUGUAUGUGGCAUCAUGUCAGUAGUUCAGUAUCUGUUCUUGCCUUCUUCCACAGUGCCUCCUCCCUGACUGAAGGCACCCCACCAACUUCCAGACACUGUCAUGAUAAUUCCUGCACCUUAUACUUGGUGUCAGCGGUGAUUGUUGGCUACUUGUGUCUAAAACUGCAAAACUGGUCUUAAAUUUCGAGAGUGAAGCCUUUACAAAUGCAAAGUCAUGGUUUGACAGGGAAGAUGACAGAGUUUCCAAUUCAGAAUUCUAUUUAUACUUUUUAUUUUGGAGAUACUUUGGAUUUUAAAUCACUCCUAGGUGUUUAGAUACUGUAUUUCAAUCUUAGAAUUUUUCUGCAGCCAUUAAUUAACAUGACACACUGCAAUAUGGUAUAUGAAAAGAAAAAAAAGUACUUCAGUAAAUUAUCAUAAUGAGAUUUUUGUUUAUUUUGUAGUGUUUCUGUAUUUAUCUGCACUUUGUAUAUAUACAUACACACAUGUAAAUAACCUAAUUAUCUCUAAUCUAAAUGGUCACAGUACCUUUGUUGUACUUUUACACUGUAUUUCAUGAGUUUAAAAAUUACUUUAAAAAUAAAUGACAUAUGCACAUUUU